GGAUAUAAGGAGAUAAUAGAGUUACUAUUACAGGAGGGUCUCGAAAUAGACGCCAAAAACGUGGAAGGAAGAACCGCAUUACUUGUAGCAGUAAUUAAAGGUCAUAAGGUAUUGGUUCGGUUACUAUUGGAUAAAGGGGCUAAUAUUAAUACCACUAAUAAAUAUGGCCAAAUAGCAUUAUACUGGGUAGUAUCUAAUAUAAACAAACUAAUACUGGGGAUUUUCCUUGAAAACGGGGCCGAU